GACCAAAUGCCUUCACAGAAGACAACUGUGGACGAUAUGAACCAAGAGCCUCAGGCCUCACAGAAGGACCAGGAAGACCGAAUGCCUUCACAGAAGACAACUGUGGACGAUAUGAACCAAGAGCCUCAGGCCUCACAGAAGGACCAGCUGGAUGAAACCUUAACUGAAGAGGACGUGCAAUUUCUAAAUCUGCUGGAAAAUGGUAUUGAACAUAAAGAAAAGAGAGUUAAACUUAAGGAGAAGAAAUCCAAACAUCGCAGGACAGAUGACAAAUGCCUACGCGAAGGAGAAGACGCAGACAUAUUCAGUGAUUCCUCCCGCAGAUCGAGGAGGAAGAAAAAAGUGAAGAACAGGGCGGCCAUAGCGUGUGAUGAGAAUUGUCUUCCUCAGGAGGUGAACAAAGCCAGUGAUUGUCUUCAUUCUUCUGACCCGUUUGAGGCACCUCUCAAAAUCAAGAGAAAAAAGCAGCCGGUGCCCCCGGAAAUCCAGGCCUCUGCCAAUCCUCCAACAAGUAGUGAGCGCCAUAGACCUGCUCCAGAGAACAUCACUGGUGGAAAAAGGAAAAAGAAAAGAAACAAGGAGAUGACCAUUGACCCGACGUGUGAGGCAACAUCAAAGAACGAUGAUGGGAACUCUCAACAGAGAAAAAAACACCCACUGUCCUUGCAUCAAGGCAACAUGGCCAUGUAUACCAGCACUUCUCCAGGUGCCAAUCCCAACACCAAGUAUAUGAAUGGCAUGUCCGAUCACAGCCAAGACCUCUUCAUUACUCAGAAGCAGUUUCUGUCAUCCCGUGGCAGCAGCGAAGACUCCCCACCCCUCGGGCAGGAGCAAGGCCAGGAGUGGAUGAGAAGCCAAAACCCCCUUCACCGGUUUUCCCAGCUCUCCUUCAUCACACGCCACAGUGCCGACCGCUCCGGCGUUGGAAGCAAUCAGCAAGUAGUCUUAAGCGAGAAGGCAACUCAGACUGACGACGGUUUUACUUACUUGGCCUUGAUGAGCUUCAUCAAGAAAGUCAAAGUGCUGGAACCUUGCUCAGCAGAGGCCAUUGAUCUCUCUCUGCCCUCUCGAGUUAGAGCCAAGAUGGAUGUCAGCCCAAGUAAUGAGGUCAUCCUGGUAAAGUCCCAGUCUCCUCCCCUUGGUUCCAGAAGAAGGAAUAUAAAAUUUUGCUUCAGUCCCUUGCAAAACAUUGCGGAAACCAAGUUUGUCCAGACGGUGCUGAAUGCCUCCUACUUCUUCAAAGGGAAAGGAGAUGCUGGGGAGGCCACCCCAAUCACUCCAUUGCUUAAAAUGGAGGAGAAACCCAGGAAAAAGUCAAGGAAAUCGGGCGUUCACACCAAAAAGAACAUACGGAAUUGACAAUGAGAAUGUUUUAUUGUUAUGUGACUAUAUGUUACAUCAAAGGCAUUCAACAUGUUGCAAAAAUUUGCCAAAAAUGUCACCGCGGAGCCUCCAGUGACAGCGGGAUCCGGUUUGUUGUUUAUUCCAGUUAUGAUGAGAUGUCGUUUUUUAUGGACACAUAAUGCUUGCAGCUUUAGGCCAGGCCAUUAAUGUCGCGCCACAAUUUCCAUAAUGGUAGUCAAUGGUGUCACACUGCGACAGUCGCAGAAACAUCCAUCUUCAAUAGGUUUUGUGCGACUGUCGUGUCGCAGUAUGUCGCAGUGCGGCACCAUAGACUACCAUUAUGAAAAUGGUUGCGCGACAUUGGUGCGACUAAAUGUCA